AAUGACUUGCCUGCCGUCGCACCGCCCAACCCGCGCGCUCGGCCAGUGCCAAUAAUUCUAUCAGCUGUUUCUAUUGCUUUAUCAAGUUUAUUCCUAAUUCCCUAAAUCGUAACAUUGUAAUAAACAGCAUACGAACAAUUUGUGUGGACACAGCUUGCUCGUGCGCGGGCGUUACGCAGCUGCUGCUCCACGUGCUUUGCAGCUGUCGCCUCAUCCCUAAAGCCUUACGUUACACCACGGAACACACAAAACACAAAGACAUCCGGAAUCUUGUUAUAAUCACCAGCGAUUAUCGUGACGUUAAUAUACCUGAGCACUCUGCAUUUCUAGAAGACGGUUCAGAAUCACUAUUGCAAUUUAGUAGUGAUAGAAGAAUUUUGAACAAGAUAUUCAUAAUGUAACUUUAUUUUCAGUUUUUAUAUUCGCUAUGGGUUAUACAGUAAACAUCGCGCUAGCUACUGUGAGUUCAAACUUCAGGCCAUAGUGGGCGGCUGUAGGAAAAUCGAUAGACUUACACAAAAUGGUGCAAUGUGGUGUUUCCUUAACAAUUAAUAGAUAGUUCUCAGUUUACGUUCAUUAAACACAUCCUAAUCAGCAAUAAUAUAUUUGAGCAAGUUUAUGCAUUAGCCAAAAACAUGCCAGGCGAAGGUAAUCUUGGUGAUGUAAAAUUUAUUUUAAGAAAUGGAGUCAAAAUGCCCGCUGUUGGAUUAGGAACAUAUCGUAUCCGUAACAGUGAAGUUCUAUAUAGGACAGUAGAUUAUGCUCUGGAGGCUGGAUAUCGUUUAUUUGAUACUGCAGCGGUUUAUCAAAAUGAACUAUUCUUGGGAUAUGCUCUGCGAAAGCUGUUGCCGAAACACGGUCUAACACGUGAAGAUGUAUUUAUUACAACUAAAUUAGCGCCAGCUGAUCUAGGAGGUCACCUAGCUGCAGAUGCAUUUAGAAAGUCCUCAGAUAAUAUAGGCUUGGACUAUAUAGAUUUGUAUCUGAUCCACUUCCCAGGUGCAGCAAAUAUAAAUGCACAAAAUCCGAAAAAUGCGGAAUUACGCGUUGAAACUUGGAAGGAAUUCAUCAAACUUUACGACCAAGGUAAAGCAAAAGCCAUCGGUGUUUCAAAUUUCACAAUAAGACAUUUAACGGAACUGAUUGAAGCUACCGAUGUAGUACCUAUGGUGAACCAGAUUGAGUGGCACCCGCACUAUCACCAAGACGACAUGCUACAAUUUUGCGAAAGUCAUAACAUACGAAUACAAGCGUAUUGCUCCUUCGGUGGAUUAGCUGUAAGCAAUAAUACCCUAAUGGAAGAGAGUAUUGUGAGAGAAAUAUAUGGCAGAUACAAAGCGACUCCCGCGCAAGUAUUGCUGGCGUGGUCGUUACAACGAGGAGUAGCUGUUAUCCCCAAAUCCUUGACGCCACAUCGAAUCAAAUCGAAUAUUCAAAUUAAUUUUAGAUUAUCUCAAGAGGAUCUGUUGCGACUUGACUCUUUAGGCAAAGCUAACAUGAAAUACGCAUGGGAUCCUCAUUGUAUUGCAUGAAACAGGUUUUCUUCAGACUAAUUUCGAGUAUCUGAUCUUGCUGAUCAGUGUUGAAAUUACGUUUGAAAAUAUUAAAUACUGAAUUUCGUGGAUUUCGUAAAGUAAAUGGUCUCUGUCCUUUCCUAUGCUACGAUCUUCGAUGUACUUAUUUGUACAUUAUUAUAAUUAAGUAUGAUAUGUUUCAUACAAUACGGUAAUAAUUGAAUCAUUGUCUUCAUAUCGGAUAAGUGGAUUUCUUACUACAAAAUAUAUGUAUAAAGCUUGUAUAAAGAACAAGAAACCUUAUAGAUGUUAUGUAAUUAGAGUUAGGUAUUAGAAGAAGCAAAACCCAGGACUCAAGUGAUGUAAUUCUUUACAUACGAACAAUAAAAAGUACUAGGCAGUAAAAUAUAUUUUAGAGAUGUGGGCUUCUUGAAAUGCGGUCGAAUUGUGGUCGAAUGCAUUAUUAUAUCGGCAUUGGUGUUUCUAUGUAACCCCUAUAAGAUAAUAAUGGUAUGUAAUUUACGAACUUUAACAUAGUUAUUAUUGAACUUUGGCAUAGUCAAGUCGCUAUUCCAUGUGGAAAUAUAUUAAGUAUUGGAGGGAGUGUAAAUUUUAUCGUCAGAAUGAGUGGAGUAUAGACAAUUGAUUAUAGAUGUAUAAAGAUACAGAUUAUCUUGUCUUAAGGCUACCCCACUUUUUGCUUUUACAUGACAUUUUAAUUCUAGUUACAAUGAGCGGUAGUGCAAGGGCCGGAUUUAGAAGUCUAGAGGUCCUGGGGCAAGGGACUUCUAAUUGAUUUCCAAACAAAUUGAUCAUAUUUCUAUAAAGUGUUUGAAUAAUUAAAAAAUAUAUAUUUUAAGGAUUAUAUGUAAAUAUAGUAAAAUUAUAAUAAUACAAGAAUUAUACUGGCUAUUUACUGUGUCUACAUAUCUAUUAUAUAUACUAAAUUAAAUGUGUUUCCUUGUUGAAAUUAACAUGUUUUCGUUUUAGAAAUUUAUAUAGGAGCUCCGUGACUGUAGGUCCGGGUUCCCAAUUUCUAAAUCCGGCUCUGGGUAGUGCUAUUCUGUAAAAAUAAUUGUGACUUGCUCAGAUACGCUUUUCGAGUUUAUUCUCAGGUAACAGCUAUACUGGUUUUUUUUAUGUAAAUAGAUUAUUGUGUUCGAUGAACCGAAUAUAAACCAAUAUCAAUUAGUUUCACAUCGAAUUCUGUGGUUUGAUGUUAAAUAAAGAUUAUGAAAAAGAUGCUAAAAGCAAGAUAUUUUUGAAGAAACCACGAAGUUGAUGACCUUAGAAACCAGGGUAAAAGAAUUCAAAACAACUGGUAACGUUUUAAACGUGUUGUUGUUGACAUUGUGCAGUGCUCAGCAUAUCCUUGUAAAAACGCCUUUAAACGCUACGGUUAUACACAUUCUAAAAGGAAACUAGCAUUUAUUUUCAAAUGAUUAAUUUAUAAUAAAUGUUAAGGAUAUUAAUAAUAUUACAAUAAAUCUUCUUGGUG